GCCAAUUGGAUGCGAGUGGGAGGGACCUGGGGUCUGAACAGCUUGUGAAGCUGCUGCUAGCUAGCCUAGCUGUAGUGCUGAGCAAUGACAUGCUUUGAUAUAGAAAUGCUAUUCCAACGGGGCACAGCGUCUCACCAGCUAGGCCAGCUUGUUGGAGUGGAAAAAUAACUGCUAGCUAGGAUUCUGGAUAUCAUUUGUGUGCUUCCAGUUCUGGUUUGUGUGACGCCUCUACACGUUGAAUAUUUCCUAAAGGAGAUAAGAAGAGGUGGCCAUCAGCAAUCGGGUCAACAGAGAAGUAUCGGAGCCCUUGAAGUUCUCAGCUUUGAUGCAGCACAGUGCACCUAGUGCAAGAUGACGGAAGAGGUGAUUGUCAUCGCAAAGUUCGACUACAUGGCCCAGCAGGACCAGGAGCUGGACAUCAAGAAAAAUGAGCGCCUCUGGCUCCUCGACGACUCAAAGUCCUGGUGGAGGGUUCGAAAUGCCACCAACAAAACAGGCUUUGUGCCGUCCAACUACGUGGAGAGGAAAAACAGUGCCAGAAAAGCUUCUAUUGUCAAGAAUCUCAAAGACACACUUGGAAUUGGGAAGGUGAAGAGCAGAAAGGGGGGGAUGAGAGACACAGCCUCCAAUGCAGACACAGACAUGUAUGCAGAUAACGGCGAGCGGCUGUACGACCUUAACCUGCCCGCCCUGGUCAAGUUCAGCUACACAGCAGAGCGUGAGGACGAGCUGUCUCUGGUGAAAGGCACGCGGGUGGUGGUGAUGGAGAAGUGCAGUGACGGCUGGUGGCGCGGCAGCUAUAAUGGACGGUCUGGCUGGUUUCCGUCCAACUACGUGACGGAGGACGUGGAUGGGACGGCGGGGGGAGGGGGCAUGGGUGGGUUUGGAGACCCGGCCGGAUCGCUAACGGAGAAGCUGGCAGCCGUGGUGAACAGCACCACGAACGGGAACAGAGUGCUGCACACGGUUCAGGCGCUCUACCCUUUCAGCUCGGGCAACGAUGAGGAGCUAAACUUUGAGAAGGGCGAGGUGAUGGAAGUCGUGGAGAAGCCCGAGAACGACCCUGAGUGGUGGAAGUGUCGUAAAGCAGACGGACAACUGGGCUUGGUGCCUAAAAACUACGUCACUGUGCUGGACUCCACCUCCCAUAAACCCGCAGCGGGGCCAGCUGGGCCGCCCACACCUGACUGUGACUACAUCUCGCCCUCAGGCAGCGGGCGCUUCGCAGGGAAGGAGUGGUACUACGGAAAGGUGACGCGUCAUCAGGCGGAGGUGGCCCUCAACCAGAGAGGCAUAGAAGGAGACUUCCUCAUCCGAGACAGCGAGUCAUCGCCAAAUGACUUCUCCAUCUCCCUGAAGGCGCAGAGCAAGAACAAGCAUUUCAAAGUGCAGCUGAAGGAAAACCUUUACUGCAUUGGACAGCGCAAGUUCAACUCUAUGGAAGAGCUUGUUGAACACUACAAAAAGGCCCCCAUCUUCACCAGUGAGCAGGGAGACAAACUGUACCUGAUCAAGGCCCUGGCUGCCUCCUGAUCCCUCUCUGUUACACACAUGCACUUACACACAGACACACAUACACACCUAUACAUUGUUAACUGCAUUUUUAUAUAUAUAUAUAUCUAUAUAUAUAUAUCUAUAUAUAUAUAUAUAUAUAUAUAUAUAUAUAUAUAUAUAUAUAUAUAUAUAUAUAUAUCUAUAUAUAUAUAUAUAUAUAUAUCUAUAUAUAUAUAUAUCUAUAUAUAUAUCUAUAUAUAUAUAUCUAUAUAUAUAUAUAUAUCUAUAUAUAUAUAUCUAUAUCUAUAUAUAUAUAUAUCUAUAUAUAUACUAUAUAUAUAUAUAUCUAUAUAUAUAUAUAUCUCUCAAAAUGAUACACACACAGAUACUUACACCAGAACACACACUAACAUUUAAACUCCCAGCCUGAGGACUUAACACAUCAUCAGGACUUAAAUGCCCGAUUUGUGAGCAUUCCAAGAGGAGGUAAAAGCAUGGGAGAGAUACGGAGGAAUGGAAGGGGAAGACAAAAAGACUAUGGACUCCUGAGAGUUGACUACAGACCUCUUGGUCGCCUAUUUUAAAUUAUCCAGAUGUGUUAGGUCAUAGGCAAUGCCAUGUAUUUCCACCUUGAUAUCUAUUAGAGUUGCAUUUAGUUUCAUUUUUUGUUGAUAAUAUAUAAUCUUUUAACAGUUUCUUUUAAAAAUGUGAUGAUUUUUAACUAUAUCCAAUACACAACAACCACCCGUAUGAGGCAUUUUUCAGAUUCUAGAGUCUAGCCUAUAGAGCUCUACAUUACAAUUCAUUUUUGUGUUGUCUGUCUUAAUUAGUUCUUUAUGGUUGUGGACUUACUAAUCCACAAUUUCAGCUAACUGCUAAUCGUGAAUAAAAAUAAGUGACCAAAAUAUAUUUAUUGAUACAAUUAUUAGGAUAUGGUUGUAGAGAUUGGAAUAUCACACUCGCACGCAUCUGUUUUUUUAGAGGAUUUUUGAGGAUUCCUCUUCUUGUGCAAGGUCAAACUAGUUGUUCAACUUUCUUUUUGUACAACGGAACUGCUUGUCUCAAACAUUGCUGUAUCCGUAUCAUGUGAAUGUUACAAAGCCGAGGCAUCACAGACAGCGGGGGGCUCAAAAUCCCAUGACUUUGCAUGCAUGCAGACGGAAGUGUCCUCACACCUUCACUGUAUCUCCCAAAAGAGAGAUUGACAGUCCGCAUGAGUGAUGGAGAAUUUACCCGUGUGUCUAGAGGUCAUGUGAGGAGUCAAAAAGUAUUCUCCCUCAUAGUCUGGAAACUUCCUCAGUGCAGACCGACCCCCCCCCCCAAAAAAAAUAUCCACAGGAUGUGACUGACAGCUGAUGCGUCCUCCCUGUGUUGCCAAAGGGGACAUUUCUGUGGAGGUAGAAGGAAGGAGGACAGUGAAGCGGGGUGGGAUUGGGGGUGUGCAGGUAUACGCUGACAGCAGUGUGGCUUCCAAACGCUCACCAGUUCUGUGGAGCUGGGAGGGGAAAUGGAGGACCAGUCUAGGCAGUCCGGAGGAUGAUGUCACUGCUCCUGGAUUAGUGAUCACUGGAGGGAAUGGAGGAGUACAGGGUCACCCAGGGGUCGCGUUGUGUGGUUGUAGCGCAUAUACAUCAAGCUAGGAGACGCCCUCUUCAAGGAUUUUCAGAAAACAAUUCCUUAUGGCUAAGUGCUGGUAAAAGAAAAGCAGACUGGUUUAAAUGUUUGAUGUUUUCUUUUGAUGACUGAGCAUUUAUUUACAUAUGUCUAAGAAGUUUGGGGAAGCUUGUUUUUCCAAAUGUAUGGUCAGUGUCAAGUUAGAAUACAGUGCACCUAAAUGUUUUCAGCAGAACACAUGGUUUAUAUUUACAGUAUAGGUCUCUAGUGAAAGAGUGAAAAUGGACCAAGUAGCGUAGGGCAGCUAGCGCCAGCGCUUGCAAUUAAAGCUGCAGCAGCAUCGGUAGGGAGCCGCUCCAGCAGUGGGCUCAGGGAGAUGAUGAUGAUGAUCACGAUGCUUGCGAUGAUGAGUUCUCCAGCUGUGGCCAGUUGGGGCCGAGCGUAGAGAAAGAGAGUGAGUGAGAGUGAGAGGAAGAGGGAUUUCAUAGAGGAGGAAUGGAAAAUGGACCCUAAAAAACUAAAGUAGGAUCUAGGGAGACUUGGAGAAUCUGUUCCACUGAAUAGAGUAUCUGGAUUACCACUCCCAGUCAUAUACGGGUGGGGAAAUGGAACGGAGGCCAACGCUGAUGUAUCAUAGCAGAGAAGAAAGGAUUUUGGAUGGCAGUAUUUUGAGAGGGCUUUUAAGAUCAAGUCAAUCCAAGCAUGAAAAAAUCAGUCAUGCCACAAAGAGCACAAAACAUGGGUGUGAACCUUUUUCCCCUCCAUUCCCCAGGUGAUUGACAGAGCUAUUCAUACAAGAGCUUUGUGACGACUGAGUGUUUUCUCUGUUUUGGAGCUGUAAAAGAUGAAUUAUAAACAGUGAAAUGCUUUCAGUUUGAUUUAUGAUGGGUUGAAAUGGCAAGUUCUAAUUACACACCUACUGUACCGAUCGAGAUCUUAAUUUAAGUGAGAUGACAUCUUAUUAAACAGUACAAAAACAUUCCAGGAUUUAAAAGCUUCUGUCGGGACUCGAAAGGUAUCUAACAGGUUUAUGACUACAUAGUUCAAAAUGUCAAUCACAGGAUUUUUUAUAAGUAUGAUAAAUGUUUAUUUUGGGUCCCAACAUUUAUUUCAGUUUAACCUGUAACCAUUAUUUCAAGUUGUGUAGGACGUGUGUGCCUGUAUUCCCUUCAUUUUCAGUUAUCCCCUUUUUGGUUUCUGCAUUAUCAGUCACCAGACUGUAUUUGAGUUACAGGAAUCCUGUUGUAUGUCAUUUAUUACACCCAAUCCCUGGCUGAUGUACUGGUACCAUUUUUCUGACACUUUAUUUGAGAUAGUGUUCGCCUACAGUGGUAAUCAACAGCUAGCAGCAACCCAAUUUCCUCCCUGACUUCCAGUGCUACAGCAUCUGCUACAUUACGCAGCAUUAGUGAUAAACGCCAACGCAACAUGCCCCAGUUUGAAGGAUUUAGGAGAUUUUAAUGUGCCUUCACAGCUUUCUGUCAACCAAAGGUUAAGCCCUUUUUUUUUUUUUCUUCAUUUAUCUUGUUCUUCCCACUUCUCUUCUCACCUCUGCGUGCUAUUUGGUUAAAGCUUUGCAUGUGCGUCAGUUGAGUCUGAUUAGUGAGCAAUGGGUGUCUGAAAACAUCCUCAUAGAGAAGGGUAUUUCCUCGUUUAGCGCUCACUUUGUUGACAGGCUGAAAAUGUCGUUGUCUUAACAUUUUUUUUGUCAUGCAUAAAAUGCCCAUUAGGUGAUAUUGUGUGUAGUUUCAAGUGACCUUACCUUUGCUGAUUUCAUCAACUUCUUAAUUGAACAGUGAAUGCCUACGUGUACAGUAUAAAAUAUGUGCUGAUGUUUAUUCAGAAACAUAACCCCAGGUGUGAUGUAAUCAUGACCUGAAUCUCAUGUAUGAGCACCUCAAGUAACGGUAUCACAUAUUGUUGGUUGUGAAGAAACUGUCAUGGUUUCCAAGGAAAAAGUUUUUUAUGUCUGUAUGUAUUUCAUGUAAGACAUUCACUUUUGCAGUUUAGCCACUUAAAUAUGUAAAAAAAAAAAAAAAAAAAAAAAAAAAAAAAUCCUCAAUACUUAAAUGUUUUACUUGAUAUUCAAAUACAAAACUACAGUAUCUCCCUACAUAGAUAUUGUUAUGAACUGGGAUCUUUUUCAUUUUACACCAACGGAGGCCGCAUGAGCAGAGCCUUGUAGCUGUACAGAAAUAAUUUUAAAUCUGCUUAAAUAGACACGGAAGUCAGUUGUGACAGAUAUUAUCAAGAGAUUGUUUAUCAAACUAUUUUUCACGAUCAAGAACUACAGUGCAGCUGGAACUCUGCUUCUCAACUGCUAAACAAGCCUGAGAUAAUCUUGAAUCUUAAAUUUCUUGAUAAUAUUCAGAACAAAUGACCCGUGUUAAACUUUGGUGCUUUUGUGCUGCUUACAUUUCUAUGGUGUUCUUUGUCUCACAAAGCUUUUUUUUUUUUUUUCUGUAUGCGAGUGAAGAAAACAGAUCCAUGCUGUGGAAUGAUAAAGGCAGUGCUGUGAAACUUAAUGUCAUGCUCUUAAUACUGUUUUUAUGGAGGGGAGAUGGUCUUCAGGUGUAAUAAUUUAGAAGAGUUUAUUAGAUUGUUCAAAAGACAUAAUAAACGACAUAAAAAUGA